AUGGAAAAUAAAAUAUGGGAUUUACCGGAAGAUGAAGAAGACAGAAUCAUGUCGAUUUUAAAGUUGAGUUUUGAUGAAUUGAAACCUUCAACAUUGAAACAAUGUUUUGCAUACUGUUCAAUGUUUGUCAAAGACUCUAGAAUGAAAAAGGAUGACUUGGUCCAACUUUGGAUGGCUCAAGGAUGGCUUCACCCCACCAAAAGUAAUAUGGAGAUGGAGGAUAGAGGGAACAAAUAUUUCAACAUUUUAUCAGAAAAAUCCCUUUUUGAAGACGUUAGAACGUAUCGUGAUGGUAGUGUAAGAUGCAAGAUGCACGAUCUUGUGCAUGACCUUGCAGGACAAGUGUCAAACAUGGCAAACUGCCGCUCACUAUUUUCCAAGGGCGAAGCACUUGGGAAGACCUUGCCUAACUUUAGAUCUUUACGUGUGUUAAGUUUAUACAACGCAGACAUUGACAAGUUGCCGAGUUCAAUUGGAAAGUUGACACACUUGAGGUAUCUGAAUGUUAUGAAAACAAGAGUGAAGGCAUUUCCAAAAUCUAUUGGUCAACUUUAUUACCUUCAAACGUUUAAAAUGCCUUAUCAUGUUGAAGAGUUCCCAAAGAUGAUUGCUGAUAUGAUCAACUUGAGACAUGUUUAUUUUGGUAAACAUGCAAAAGUUCCUGUUGGGAUAUUGGGAAGAUUGACAAAUCUCAGAUCAUUACCUUUUCUGAAGGUGGGUAAGGAAACUGGGCCUAGGAUUGAGGAACUGGGUGGGUUAAACCAUUUGAGAGACACCUUAUCCAUCUAUAAUCUGGAGCAUGUAAGAGAUGAAGAAGAAGCAGUGAAUGCAAAGUUAGUUGAUAAGAAACGUAUACGCAAGUUAACUCUCGACUGGAAGCUUAGUAGACCAAGCAACAAUGUUGACGAUGAGGAUGUUGUACUUGAAGGCCUGCGACCACAUUGUAAUUUGGAAAUUUUGAAGAUUCAGGGGUUCAUGGGUGUUAAGUUUCCAUCAUGGUUUUUGGAUGCCAACAACUUGAAAGAACUUGAAUUAGUAGGCUGCAACAAAUGCGAAGGAGUUCCAAUACUGGGCCAUCUCCCAAAUCUCAUACAUGUUAAGAUGAGGAACAUGCAGAACUUAAGGUGCUUGGGGUCUGAGUUUUAUGGUUACGAUCAGAUUUCAAGUGCAACAACAAGUGACUGGAGGAAGACUUUGUUUCCUGCUUUGAGAUCAUUACAUAUUGAGAAUGUCGAGAAUCUAAUAGAUUGGAUGGAAGCAGGGGAAGUGAUGCUGACAGCAGAAAAAUUAAGGGUGUUUCCUUACCUUGAGAAGUUGACCCUGAAGCAGUGUAGGCAAUUGAGAAGUGCUCCCAGUCAUUUUCCAUCUCUCAAGAAGUUGGUGAUACGAGGAAUGGAAAGUGGCAUGCCUAUGGCAAGUAUUUUAAGCAAUAAACUGACUACUCUAACUUAUCUCAGAGUAUAUGAUGUCGAGGGACUUACUGGUCUUCCAGAAGGGACUUUAAGAAACAACAAGAAUCUUGAAUAUUUGUAUAUACACGACUGUCCGGAGUUAAGUUGCAUUGCUCCCCAUGGAUUUGACUGCUGCACAUCUCUUCAGGAACUUGAAAUUUGGAAGUGUCCUAAGUUAAGGUAUUUAUCUGAUGGGCUACUCCCACUCUCUCUCAAGGAGUUGGACAUACAAGAUUGCUCAAGUCUAGAGUCCAUUCCAAUCAUCCCUGAGCAAGGCAGUCUCCCAUCUCUGCGCAAAUUGUCUAUAUCCAAGUGUUCUCAAUUAUCCAGUUUACCUGAUGGGCUACAAUACUGCACAUCUCUUCAACAACUGGACAUAAAGAGCUGCCCAAAGGUAACGUCCAUUCCAGCCCAAUAUUGCACAUCUCUUCAAGAACUGAAAAUAUCGGGUUGCCCAGAGAUAACGUCCAUUCCAAUUCCAUCUGAGGGCCUCCCGUCCCUUGGUCGACUGGCGCUUUCUCGAUGUCCUGAAUUAUCAAGCCUACCGAGUGGACUAGGCUGCUGCACCUCUCUUGUUGAUUUGUUGAUAACAAAGUGCCCUAAGGUAACAUCCAUUCCAAUUGGCACUCUCAGUACAACCCUCCGAGACUUGUGUGUAGAUAAUCCAGAGUCUCUUCCAAUUUUACACGGCGGCUUCACAUCCCUCCUUGAAUUGGAAAUUGUGGGAUGUCAAAGUACACAAAUUGAUCUGCAAUUUUGUGCCUUUCUUCAAAACCUCGUCUCUCUUGAGGUGUUGAGAAUAACAGAGUGUCCUAAUCUAGAGAGUGUUCUGAGUUUAGACAAGCUCACAUUCCUCCGCAGAUUGGAGAUUGUUCGAUGUUCCAAAUUAACAUGUCUACCCAGUGGGUUAGCAAUGACAUCCCCACACGUAUUUACCCAUCUCAAGUCCAUGGCUAUUGGUCAGUUUUGGAACGAGCUGGAUUCAUUCCCGGCUCUUCAGGUUCUACCACAACUUGAAAGAUUGACGAUCUGCGGGUGGCCGAAGCUCAAGUCUCUGCCUAAACAAAUUCAACACUUGACGUCUUUGACCCGUUUGUGGAUACGUUGCUUUGAGGGAGUGGAGGCUAUUCCAGAAUGGUUGGGAAACCUUGCAUCACUUCACACCUUACAAAUUUGGAGUUGCAAGAAUCUGAUGUAUCUACCUUCUGUCCAAGCUAUGCAAUGCCUCACCAAAUUAGAUUCACUGCAUAUCUCCAAUUGUCCCCUUUUGAGCGAAAGAUGCAUCGCGGAGAGAGGCCCAGAGUGGCCUAAGAUUUCUCAUAUUCCAGCAAUCAAUGGUAACUCUUUCCUCUACCUCUUUUCUGAAUCGGUCGAUAUUCAUAUCACUUUAAUUAUAUUAGUUGUUUGA